GCCUCCGCCCGGUCCUGCGCGGCUGGUGUGUUGCUCUCGGUGCCGGCCUGCCGUGGCUGGGCUUGUCCUCUGGGGACUGGAGUAGAAGUGUUCUCAGAUUCUGGUCCUUGUACUACUAAAAUUAUCCCUAACUAAAGAUGCAUCCAGACCUGUCUCCUCAUCUGCACACUGAAGAAUGUAACCUAGUUAUCAGUCUGCUCAAGAAGUGUCACAAGGAGCACAACAUUUUGAAAUUUUUUGGCCACUGCAAUGAUAUUGACCGUGAGAUGCGGAAGUGCUUAAAGAAAGAGUAUGAAGAAAACAGGGCCAGGAACCAGGCGAUGCGACGGAGGCUAAUUAAUGCUCACAAAAACUCAGAGAAGUGAGCUGUACUGUAGUUGGACAGCUGCAUCUCAAUAGGGACACUCGGCUGAAAGUUGACAGAAUACUUCUUUCCCGUCACCAAUGCUCAGCCUGUGGUUUGUGAAAUGGUGAAAAAAUAAAUGCACCUAAAACAUACUCAUUCCCAGAAAGGCAAACAAUGUGAAAGAAAAAUAAUAAAUGAUGACUCACAACUUAACUUAAUUUUUGACCUCUAAAAGAAAACUAUUGUGGCAAGUCUUUGUUCUGGCAUAGUUUUGUUAUCAUUGUUAAGCAAUGAGGAAUCAGCGUGUGUGGAGUAUUAUAUAUUCAAGGCUGCUAUAUUCCCUACCUUGUGUUGCGUUGCAUUUACUUCUGUGUGUUUAGCAGUUUUUCUUUCAUAUUUUUUUCUGUUUUUUUUUUCUUUUGCAAAACACUGAAUGACUUUUCCAUCACUUUUUGUAAUGUUGUGAUAACACUGCCUAAAUGAAUUAGCAAGAAAAUUUUAAACAGAUGUGGCUUGAAAUUGAAAAUUGCCUAUCAAGUAAUAAUUGGAGUUCUAGUAUUUUUAUUGGAGCUAAAAUGAUGAAACUACCGUCUUCCACUGAGAAGAUUAAAAAUCCUUCCUGCCAACCAUACAUACAGUGUAGACUGUUGUAAGAAAAUUUGUUCAUCAUACCCAAAGUGAGCAGCUUUAGAAAUUCAGAAUGGAACAUUUCCAGGGAUUUACAAAGCAUUGCCUUGAUUUUUGUUGAGUACAAUCAAUGUGUGCUGAGUGAUUUUUGAAAAGGGAGUGCUGCCAAAAAUACAAGCUAAAUUGUACCAGAGUAUGUGGAAGAACUAAGGUGAAGUCAAGUUAUGACUAUUGCUGUUGAGGGAAAACUCACAUUGAAGUGAAAGGAAGUGUAACUUGCCUUUCAGUUAGGCAAGUCAAGUAGUAUUGUAUUAACCAAGUUGCCUCGUUAGCCUACAAGGACUGUUUAUUUGCUAUCAACCUGCAGAAAGUCCUCGACAAGUCUCUGAAUUCAGAAUAUUUGAUAUUAAAACAUACGUUGGUUUGUGCAGUGAUGGAGCUGCUUCUCUGGGUGUCUGCUGGAUUCACCUUAUUUUUAAAUUACUUUUCUGUUCUGCCUAGCAACAAAAGACAAAAAAAAAAAGAGUUUUAUUGAGCCAAAUAUACUAAGUGUCUUGAAACCUUUUGAAGAAAGGGUGUCUAUUCUACAAUGAAUUCUACGGUUUGUUGUAAGAACCUCUGUUGACACUCCAUUUUGAAAUUAAUACAUGCACCUGUUUUUGGAAGAAAGCUGUAUUUUGUGAUCUAUUUUGAGAGAUUCAUUAGAGAGAAUAAUUUUACUGAUUUUUAAGUACCUGAAUGGACCCAGUUACAUUGGUAAAACUUAACCACAAACAUUUUCAAUGAAAGUUCCAAGAAACACUGAAGCAAUUGUUUCUGCAUCUUUCGAUAUGCUGUCUGCUGUCUUAGAACAAGUAAAUGAUGCAUUAUUUGAAUUAAAU